GUAACCAUAACCGCUAGAGCCUACACAGCAAUAUCAACUGAUAGCUUGAAGUUUAUGUAGCUGCUUAAUUUUCUUUAGCAGUCAGAUUCCUCUCCGUUAUUAUUAUUUUAUUUAGCUGUUUAAUAUGGGGGUCCCUAAGUUUUACCGCUGGAUUUCAGAGCGAUAUCCGUGCCUGAGUGAAGUGGUGAAGGAGCACCAGAUCCCAGAGUUUGACAACCUGUACCUGGACAUGAACGGGAUCAUCCACCAGUGCUCGCACCCCAACGACGAGGACGUGCACUUCCGCAUCACUGAGGAGAAGAUUUUCGCUGACAUCUUCCACUACCUUGAGGUUCUCUUUCGCAUCAUCAAGCCCAGGAAGGUGUUCUUCAUGGCUGUGGACGGCGUCGCGCCGAGGGCCAAGAUGAACCAGCAGCGUGGGAGACGGUUCAGAUCAGCGAAGGAGGCGGAGGAUAAGAUAAAGAAGGCUUUGGAGAAGGGCGAGGUUUUACCCACGGAGGCUCGAUUCGACUCCAACUGCAUCACACCGGGUACGGAGUUCAUGGCCCGGCUACAGGAGCAGCUGAAAUAUUUCGUGCACAGAAAGCUGUCGACGGAUCGGCUGUGGCAGGGGGUGCGGGUCUAUCUGUCCGGUCAUGAGACUCCCGGAGAAGGAGAGCACAAGAUCAUGGAGUUCAUCCGCUCGGAGAACGCCAAGCCCAAUCACGAACCGAACACACGGCACUGUCUGUACGGCCUGGACGCUGACCUGAUCAUGCUGGGUCUGACCAGUCAUGAGCCGCACUUCUCUCUGCUCAGAGAAGAGGUACGCUUCGGGGGGAAGAAGUCUCAGAAGAGAAUAACGGCGCCGGAGGAGACCACGUUCCACCUGCUGCACCUGUCCCUCAUGAGGGAGUACAUCGAUUAUGAGUUCUCCUCUGUGAGGGAGAAGAUCUCGUUCGGGUACGAUCUGGAGCGGAUCAUAGACGACUGGGUCCUGAUGGGUUUCCUGGUGGGGAACGAUUUCAUCCCUCACCUGCCUCACCUGCACAUCAGUCAGGACGCUCUGCCCCUGCUCUACAGGACCUACAUCAAAGUGCUGCCCACGCUCGGGGGCUACCUGAAUGAAAACGGACAUCUGAACCUGGCUACCUUUGAGAAAUACCUGAAGAAGCUCUCAGAGUUCGACAGGGAGCAUUUCAACGAAGUCUUCGUGGACCUGAAGUGGUUCGAGAGCAAAGUGGGAAAUAAAUACGUGAACGAAGCAGCCGGUCUGGCCGCCGAGGAGGAGCUGAGCAAAAACGGCAAGAAGAACAAGUCUUUUAAAGAUUCUCUCUGGCUGGCUGCUCUGGACGGAGAUAAAGACUCACGUCCUGCAUCAGGAAGAGCAGAAGGUGCGGAGGAGGACGGCGAGGACGACGAGCUCUUCGAGGCCGAGUUCCGGCAGUACAAGCGGACGUACUACAUGACCAAGAUGGACGUGGAGGUGGUCUCUGAUGAGUUUCUGGCCGGUCAGGCUCGCUGUUACGUGGAGGGAAUCCAGUGGAUCCUGCAUUAUUACUACCACGGAGUCCAGUCCUGGAGCUGGUAUUACCCGUACCAUUACGCCCCGUUCCUCUCUGACGUGAGGAACGUCUCCCAUCUCCAUCUGACCUUCGACCUGGGGAAACCCUUCAUGCCUUUCGAGCAGCUCCUCGCUGUUUUACCUUCAGCCAGCAAGGAGCUCCUACCACAAGCUUACCAGCAACUGAUGACCUCUCCGAACUCCCCGAUCAUCGAGUAUUACCCCGUGGACUUCAAAACAGACCUGAACGGGAAGCAGCAGGAAUGGGAGGCCGUCGUCCUCAUUCCCUUCAUCGACGAGAUACGGCUGCUGGCGGCCAUGGCAUCGUACACGGAUAGUUUGACUAAGUGGGAGAUGGCGCGGAACACGCACAGCGAGUGCGCGGUGUACUUCCACGAUACAGACCUGGACUUCCUGUACACAUCGCCGCUGCCCGAGAUCUUUCCCAGCACCCAACACUGCCAUGCCAGGUGCACACCGGUGCCUCUGGACGCCUGGCGAGUGCCUCUGGACUUUGUCGGACGGAGGAUCGACCGGAGCGCCCUUUACUUCUGCGGCUUUCCCACCCUACAGCACAUCCGGCAUAAAUUCUUUAGGAAGAAGUGCGGGGUGGUGGUGUUCCAGCAGAGCAGCCGUGGCGAUAACAUGAUGCUGGACAUCCUACCCAGCCAGCAGGGGGAGCCGGUUCUGGAGGAUGUCGUGGCACUCGUUUUGGGGAAGUGUGUGUUCGUGAACUGGCCUCACCUGGAGGAGGCUCGUGUGGUGGCCGUUUCAGACGGAGAAACAAAGUUUUACCUGGAGGAGCCGACGGGGGUGCAGCAGGUUUACGAGGACGUUCCUCCUCCUGUUCGUGUUGUGUACCUGAGUGAUAAAGAGCAGAAGGAGUGGGUGAAGGAUGUGCAGGGCAUCACUGAGCACCACUGUAAGCGUAAGGGCGUGGUGAUCAACGAGACCUUCAUCCUGCUCUACGCUCAGCUGCUGACCGGCCGGAAGUACGUGGUCUCCCCCAGCGGGCAGGUCCAACUGGAGAAACAGUGGGGCAAGCAGGUCCUGCCCUUCGCCCACCAGACCAUCGUCAAGGACAUCAAAGCGUUCGACUCGUCCAUGUCCAGCUUUAAAACCCUGGAGGAGCUGUUUCCAGUGGGCACGAUGCUGUUUAUGGUGGGGAACCCGUACUACGGAGCUAUGGGAGAGGUACAAGAUUCCAGCGAUGUGAUCGGCGAGGGGCGGGUGCGGGUGGUAUUCACUGUGCCGUGUGAACCUCACCUCGAUGCCUUAAUUCAGAACCAGCAUAAAUACUCGGUGAAGUACAGUCCCGGUUACGUCCUGGCCUCGCGCCUCGGCAUCACCAGCUACCUGGUCUCCAGGUUCUCCGGCUGCAUCUUCAUCGGACGAGGAUCCAAGAAAAAUCCUCACGGAGAGCAGAAGGCCAACGUGGGUCUGAAUCUGAAGUUCAAUAAGAAGAACGAGGAGGUCCCCGGGUACACCAAGCGUACGGAGAAGGAGUGGCUGUACUCGGCCGCCGUGGAGGAGCUGCUGGCCGAAUAUCUGGAGCGCUUCUCCGAGGUGUUCGACUACGUGUCCAGGAACAGCCACGACGACGUGUUCUACGAGGACGAUAUCUGGCCCGGAGAGAACGAGAACGGAGCCGAGAAGGUGCAGAAAAUCACGGCGUGGCUGAAGACCCAUCCGGUCAGCUCUACAUCCCGGGCGUCGUGUGAUCUCCAGAUCCUGGACGCCGGCAUCGUGGAGAAGAUCGAGGAGGAGCUGGAGAAAACCACGGCAAAGAAGAGCAACAAGAAGGUUCGGGUCACCGUGAAGCCUCAUCUGCUGUUCCGGCCCCUGGAGCAGCAGCACGGCGUGGUACCCGACCCGGACGCCGAAUAUCACCUGUUCGACCGCGUGGUCAACGUCCGGGAGGGUUUCUCCGUCCCCAUCGGCCUCAGAGGAACCGUCAUCGGGAUCAAAGGAGCUGAUCGUGAAGCUGAAGUGCUUUAUGAAGUUCUGUUUGACGAGGAGUUUGCUGGAGGACUCACCAUCAGGUGUUCUCCUGGGCACGGCUACAGACUCCCUCCUAGUGCCUUAAUCAAUCUAAGCCACGGGAGCCGUCACGAGCUAAACUCCCAGAAACUCACUGCCAUCGUCAAACCCCAGCCUUCAUCCUCCUCCUCCUCCUCCUCCUCACAGUAUCCACACAAACAGCAGCUGGACCAGCUCAACCACUCGCCACGCUCACCGUUCAAACCCACACAGCAGAAUGGGAGGCGGGCUGCAGAUUCUCAGGGAAACAGGAUUUUUUCUCACAAAGGCCCAAAUCACAAGUCCCAACAAAAGGGCUCAACUAAUAAGGAGGAGGAUUUUGGUAAUGUGUGGCAGUCUCUGCAGACUUUACCUCAACAACCACCAGCUCACUGGCAGAACCAUGUUCUGGGUGGGAACAUCAGACUGCUGAAGAGAAACGAAGAUUUAGACGCCGUUGCGUCGCCGAAGCCCCCAAACCAGAUCAAUCCAGAGUUCCAGGAGCUGCUGGCCAAUCUGAAGAUCUCCACGGAACCUGAAGCUCCGAUAAAUACCCCUCCUAGGGAGCCUAAAGAUCAGACAGGGGAACCUGUUUCCCCCCAGUCGUUCGCUAUGAUUGGAACCAUGAUGCUGAAGGAGAUGCUGAAGAUCGACGGUUCAGGAACCACGGCAUCUACGCCCGACCCCGCCCCUCAGAACACGUCUUCAGAUCCAGGAGCCCAGCAGCAGAGAAGACGCUCGUCUAAAAAACUGGCUGCCAGGAUAAACACCCCGCAGGGUGAAGCGCCCGGCCCCCCGAUGCUGCCCUGCAUGGCCACCGAACUGAGCCGAGUGUGCGCGGGGUUAAAGAUGGGCCCCCCGGAGUUCACCUUCCUCCAUAACGGACAGGGUCUGACGGUGUGCCAGGUGAAGCUCUCUAACGGUCUGGUGCUGCACGGCCCUCAGUGCCAGUCCGAAGCCGAAGCUAAAGAGAAGGCGGCGCUCUUCACCCUCCAGCGCCUGAACUCGGUGGGCUCGUUUCCUCUCCCCCCUCCUCCUCUGUUCCCCGGGAUGCAGCCCAUGAGGCCGAUGGCUCCUCAUCCCGCCAUGUUCGGACAGCCGCCAGGUGGGAUUCUGAUUCCGCACCAGGGAUACGGCCCCGUGCCGUGGGGGAUGCAGUUUCCUCCACAGGGGCCUCCUUUCUACGGAGGGGCGUUUCCAGGAGCCCUAGGCCCUCCGCCCGCAGCCAGCGUCGGCUCUCACAACCAGUUCAUCCCCCUGCAGGUGACUAAGAAACGCGUCUCAGGCUGGAAGAACCAGGACUUCCCCAGCGCGGCUCAACCCGAGGGCACCGAAACCUCCCAGCAGCCGUCCAAACCCGGCGCCGCUCCGUCCACCUCCAAAACCCCUCCGCUGGUCAGCACGCAGGACUGCGAGAACGCUCCCAGCACGCCAAAAACACCCGGACGGGCCCCCAAACCCGCGCACACACCCGGCUCGGCCUCCAAGCGCAAACACAGGAAACUGGCGGUCAACUUCGAUGCUGCUAAAGUGACGGACUGAGUUUGAUCCUCCUCGCCGAGCUGGAGCUCCUCCUGAAGCUCUGAUGUUUUAUUAUUAUUAUUAUUAUUAUUAUUGUUAUAUUUUAGAUACUGGGGGACACUGAGAGGACGGAUUUACAUCGAUUAUAGAAUUUAGAGGUACGGCGCGUGUUCCCCGACUGGAGCCGGUGGUUAAAAAACGAAAACUUCUUUUAAUCUUUGAUUUUUGUGCCAAAUGAUUCGAAGCGAGAUCACGAGAGAGAGAGACGCUCCAGAUUUUUCACUUUUAUUCCAAUCAGAGCUUCUUUUCAGUUCUGGAUUUUUAAUUCUUCGAUCUGAGGAAUUAGUUUGUAAACGCAGCACAUCAGAUUUCAUCCGACAGUCCAUGUUGGUAUCUGUUGGAAUUCAGAUUUCAGAUUGCUGCACGUCGUUACGGUUCGACACGGACGGAUCGACAAUCAGAGAUCGUUUUGGAACUUGGUACCGGGUCGUCCAGUCAGUUUCCUCUCGCCAGGGCGACACUUUUCCAGCUUUUCCUCAGCAUAUGUAGCUCAAACUACACCACAGAGGUGCCAGUUCUAGUAGUUUUCGGUUAAAGACGAGACGUUUACAGUAUAAGUAGCUUCAACACAGUCGAGAGAAAAACAGCUUCAACCUCUAAACGUUAGAACUGAGAAGUUUCGGAUAACAACACCGUGGCUGUUCGGUUACAAACGUACAGCUCAGACCUAAGUGUUUAUUAAUCUGUUCGUACCUGUACCGCAGUCAGAUUUAAUCAUUUAUACAAUUGAAAAAGGCACGACACUUUUCCACCAGAGGGGUCACCAUUUCACCGAUAGCUUUACAGAGGAUCGGUCACGUAAAGCUCGUUUUAAUACCAGGAUUUAAAAAAACAGAGAAAAUUGGACCAAAGGCGUCACCAGCUGACUUUUAUUUAAAACUGAAACAAAUAAAAACUCCUACUUUCCUCUCCUUAAACUUUAAACUCUUUAAUCAUUUUUAAUAUUUCAUUAGUGAACAUUCUCUGGGCCUUUUUAUACCUGGAGCUUAUAACCUCAUCCACUCAACCGUUGGAAAGUAAUCAUUUUUUUCCCCCUUUUUGUUUCGUUUUCAUGUUUUAUCGGCUCUAUAUCCUGGUCAGGGUCGCUGGGCGCUGUGCAGUAACACAGCCUGGACCGGACCCCGUCCCUCAGACACAGCCAAUCAUGUCUGUAUGCAGUAGUGGGUUAGUGUAAUUUAGUGCCGUGCCACCCGAGCAUCCUUGUAAUAUAAUAAUCAUUGAUCAUCAUGUGUUUUGAUAGGAGUGAGUCGAAUCCACGGUGCAGGAUAACGACUGCUCCUUCAUUUAACAGCUUCGCAAAAAAUCUUCCAUUUUGACUUGAUAAAUAUUAAAAUUGUUUCCCCUCAGCCAAGAGCAAAACAAUUGUUCAUAAUAUUUUUUAUGGACCCGCUUAAAAAAAUCUAAAAAGUUGCAGCUUGGUGGUGCAGUGGGUAGCAGCGUCGCCUCACAGCAUUUCUGCUGUCUGGGUCUGGGUUUGAUUCCCCAGCCAGGGUCAUUUCUGUGUGGAGUUAACAUGUUCUUCAGUGAUGUCAAUUAUAGCUACUAGAAAUGACCCAGUGUGUGUGUGUGUGUGUGUGUGUGUGUGUGUGUGUGUGUGUGUGUGUGUGUGUGUGUGUGUGUGUGUGUGUGUGUGUGUGUGUGUGUGUGUGUGUGUGUGUGUGUGUGUGUGUGUGUGUGUGUGUGUGUGUGUGUGUGUGUGUGUGAUGGACUGGCGACCUGUCCUGGGUGUUUUGUGCUUUUUGGCCAGUGAAUCAGACCCACCGCAGUGAAUGAAUAAAUAAACUCCCUAAAACUCAUUUAGGUGAACCAGAAGAUCCAUAAAGUCUGAGAUGAGUUCGUAUCCUGCCUGAUUUUCCUCUUCAGCGUUUUCUCAUAUUAAAAAGUAGUUGAACGUGCUAAGCAAAUUAGUGCUUUGCAUUUUUUCAGGUUCGUGUAAUUCAAUUCGUUGUUCAUGUCAAGUGUUACACACACUGAUCGAAUUUCAGCUGGCGGAUCAAAUCUCUCUCCAUUACUCACAUCAGGUCUGUGUAUCGUACGAUUGUGAUUAUUUUACGAUGGUGAUUGUGUAACCGAGAACGUCGUCACCGAUGCUUUGCUCUCUGAUCACAUUUGAUUCGUGAUUUAUCUGGCAGAUGAGAUCACGUCCCGAUUGCUGUGCGUGCUAUGUGCUGUGUAUUUACUCCUGAUUAUUUAAGGUGCUCAAACAUAGUUUGUUUAAAAAUGUAAUGUGUAACCAGGGCCAAAACGUUCCACCAUACGAACAUCAUGUCGGUUCCAAUUCACAAAUGAAUGCUGCGGGCCAGAACUUAUCGGACGACCCAGUACUUCUAGUUCUGAAACCUGUUUAGUCACCAGUUAGUCCCGUUCUCCUCAGUGUGCUGAUGCUUUUCUAAAGUCUUUUAUUCUGGGGCUGGGUGGUUUGGUAGAAACGAAUAUGAAUUCUCGUACUUUGCAGUCAUUUGUUUGUGAUUAUGAUUAGGAAAUGAAAAGACUUUUAUAAUUAAAUGAUUUUAUUAUUUUAAGGCCGACGUGACUUGACUUUAGCUUUACUUACAUUUGUUUUGGUUUUGCUGAGGCGACAGUGAUCUGAAAAUCGACUCUUCAUUCUGAACCUAAAGAGUUUGUUAAGAAUUGUGUACCAGGUUUGUUCUGCUGCUACUUUUUGUGGAGGUGACGUCUUUGCUAAACCGUUUCCAAACUUUCUGUCUGUCCCUGAUUCUUUUUUCCUCUUUGGUCUUUAAUAGAACGCUCUUCGGCAGCUUAAGCCACUUUCUGAACUGAAAUUUCUUAAAAUCCUCCGUAGCACAAGAUAAAGUGAGCUUAAAUCAUUUCAAUCUGAUGAUUAUUAGUUUGGAUCUUUUUUACCCCAGAUGAAAGCAAAUCGACUUAUUUUUCUUUCUACGGAACCGGAUGCUGCUUUAGUUUGGUUUUUAAAAUGCAUUUGUUUGUUUUUUUGGAUUUGAAUCUGGAUUUUAUGUGCCAUUUUAAAAAAGGGUCUCUGAGAUUUUGUGCUGUGUGCAGUGUUAUUUUCAAAUAAACUCUGUAACUAAUUUAAGUACCAAAACAUUCAAAUCUGAGGCUCCCGCUUUGGGGCGUGAUGUAUACAAACAUUUAAUAAACUCUUGUUGUCAAAAAAUCA